UUCGACGUUGUACCAAGCGUUUCCAGAAUUUCAGUGUGUCCCAGAAUGAAUCUGUUCGCGACCAGCCACCACGGGUUGAUGCUCACCGUUGUGAGUGUAGUGUUUAUUCUCUGCAGCGCUCCGCAUCCAACCGACGCUCAGCGGCAUAGGCUUUGUGGAAAUGCUCUGAGGCAGAGUUUACAAAUGCUAUGCCUGGAAUAUCCUUCCUAUCACCAACGAGCCACAAGAUCUGAAAGCGAUGUGACCGAUGUGGACAGAGAUUGGCCCCAGCUCGACCAGAGUGAUGUGGAUAAAUUCAAUUUCAUCGAGCAACUCAAACGGAAGCCCAACUGGAUGAAUAUACUUUUCGCGAAGCAUCGAGUCUCGGUGGAUGGGGAUCUCGAUGAUAAUACCGAAUGGGAGAAUAUUAUUCCGAACCGUUUCAUGCCGGUCAAACGUGGCAUUGUGGAUGAAUGCUGCUAUCAGUCCUGUACGAUCGAGCAAAUGAAAGCUUACUGUCUUAAGGUUGCGCGGAAAUAAUCAAUGACAAUGGAUUCACCUUGAUGCAAAAAUAUAGACGCUUAUCCAUAUAUAGAACGAAUAUUUUGUUGUUUUGAUGUUGCAUGACAAGAAAACCAAAAUAGACAAUUAGACGAGGAUAUGAGUUUUCAUUUAUGGAUUUUAUUGAUUUUUCACUGUACAACCAUCAGCUCGGAGAUGGAAAAACUGUUAUAUAAGCUUCUACAUGCAGUAGCUAUAGUCGAAGUACUUAUAUUAGUAAAAAAUCAUAUUUAGCAUUGUUUCCAACUUUUCUCGACAUUUAAUUUUUUAAAUUGCUCUGAAUUGAUGAGCGUGAUUGAGUAAAAAGUGGUUAGAUCUGUGCCUAGAGGUACGGACGGAAACUUGAAGUAGGACUUUGAGGAUAAUUGCUUUUGAAUUAAGUUUUUGUACAUGUUCACUCCAAAACUCCGAAUGGUGGCCCUAGAAAAACCUCUUGUUAUAUGAACUGAACAGAACUUCAAACAAGUUGUACGAAAAAUUAGAUAAAUAUGUCAACAUUAACACGAACAACUCAA